AUCAACUGUCAUUUGAUUUCCGGAAGUGACGAUUUUGGUCGGGAACCAAAACCUACUUAAUUUCGCUGUAUUAAAAAUGGCGCUACCCACUGUCAGUCGUGUAGUUUUUGCAAAUAAGCGUGAAAUAAAACACUGCAUUUCAAAGGGAUUACGCAACUUGUCUUUAAGUAGUCAAAUUCAUGAGAGCACCCAGUUAAUGCAAUGCCUGAAAACUGCGACUUGUCAAUCGAAUGCUGUGCAUACUAUUGUGAACAGAAGGUCACAGCUGUCUUACAGCUGCGAAAGCAAUCAGGGUGGAAAAAGCCGUAGUAACUGGACUAAUGUAAUGUGGAGUGUAAUUGCGUUCUCCUUCUUCGGCAAAGCAGAGGAAGAGGACACCCGAACUGAAGCCCAAAAAAAGGAAGAUGAGAUCAUUUUACUUUUGAAAAGGGCCAAGCUCAGUAUGAUGCGUGGGCAACUGCAUGGAGCCAGCGGGUUCCUCCACCAGGCCAUUGCCCUGGCCCAUCAGACCCACAAUAACCAAGCCAUCAUCUACACCUACAGCCUGAUGGCAAACCUUGCCUAUGUCCAAGGUCAGUUGGAUAAUGCAGAGAAACUUUUCAAAGCAGCCAUGAGCUUCAUGUUGUCUGGAGGAACGCCACAGGAUGAUAAUGGAGUCAUUGAGAUGUCUUUGAAGCUUGCUACGAUAUAUGCUGGCCAGAACAAGAGUGAGUUGGCAGAAACUGGCUUCCAAUUUUGCACUGAAUCCCUCGAAUCCAAGUUGGAGAAAUUCCAGGAGCUUCCGGCUGAGGAACAGUCAGAGGAGCUGAGGAAGGAGACCAGGCUCCUGCUCGGCCUGACCCUGGACUCCCACGCCCGCUACAUGGCCGCCACUCACCGGCUGAGCCGGGCGGCGCUGGAUUACCGGCGAGCCUUGCAGAUCUGCCAGGAGGAACAGGGAGAGACUCACCCUCAGUCCCUGGUGCUGCUGAGUGACCUGGCCACAAUUCUGGACCUGCAGGGUCGCCACGAUGAGGCUCUGCCCUUGGUGAAACAGGCGGUGGAGUUGAGCCGGGAGGCCGGACACCCGGACCAGCAUGUGCUUCUGGGAAACAUGGCGGGUGUCCUAAUGCACAAUGGCCUGUUUGAGGAGUCUGUGAAACUGUACGAGGAGGCCCUGGUUCUGGCCCAGUCCGUAGGAGACGAGGAAGCUGUAGAGCAGAUCCAGGAGGGGUUGAAGGAGGUGGCAAACAGGAGGAAAGCACAGGAGGCGGAGGCGCAAGCAGCCAAGACUGAGACCGAAGACUCCAAGAGUGGCACCAAUUGAUGAAUCGGAUCUUUAAAGUGACCCCCAGCCGUCUCCCUGACUGACCUUUUACCUUGUCUGUGUGCACAUCUCAUUGGACAGAGAGCAGCUGGAUGGGUUGGUGUUACUGUGUAGGAAACAUGGCACAUAAAAGGGGUAUUCAGCUUUCCUCAGGGAGGUCCAGAGACUGCUGUGCUCUUCUACCUGUUUCCCAGGUCUAAAUCAGUCCAUGAUUAGAGGGGAAUGUUUGAGGUGGGGGGGGGGGGGGGCAAUGGAACAGGCUUCAGGGUCUGGAGUGUGAUAUACUACGCUGUAACUCCGAAAGAGAAUGAGAAGUGCAAAAACCCAUCCGUUCCAAAAUGUCUUAGAAGCAGUCUUAGAAUUCUAAUAAAAAAGUGUUUAAAAUAUCUUGGAAUGGGCAUGCAACAACCUCGUCCACAGAAGUCUGUGAUGUUUUUGUCUUCACUGUGUGGAAUCUCCCUCCUUUAAUGUGGCGUCCGUUUUGUCGUCGGCCUAUUUUCAAGACGGAAGGGUAAAGUCUCCGGGAUGGAGGAGGACUCCGUCCUGUCAGAGGAAAGUUGUCGACGUGUGUUGCGCUAGAAUACUUUAUGGUCACAUUUGAGCAGGCUCUUGCACUGUUUAUUAGGGUCAUAGUUGACAGUGCAGUGCACCAUUGUGUCGACACUGUGCCACGGUUGGAAAUCCAGCCUGAACAGUGUCCUAGCAAUGGCAUGUCGUCAAACUGUAAGUUAAACCGUACAGGACUGGAAAGUGACAUAGGACUUAACAAGCGGCUCGAAGAGUGAAGUGCAAUAUUCAGAAUGUCUGCUUUUCCCUUGGUGUGACAUUGAGUUAAUAAUAAUAAUAAUAAUAAAAGACAACCUCCUGUAAAUGUAA